AUGAGAAUCCACAUCUUCACCGUUCAUUUUCUGGCAGUCGCAUCUAGUACCGCCUUUCUCAUCACAGACAAAGGUGUCAGAUGUCGCAGCGGUCCAACGACAAGCCACGCUAUCCAGAGACAAUUCACCAAAGGUACCGAUGUAACCAUCACUUGCCAGAUAGAGGGCACCAACAUUGAAGGCAACGCCCUCUGGGACAAGACGACAUUCGGAUGCUACGUCUCCGACUACUACGUCGCCACUGGAUCGAGCGGAUAUGUGACUUUAAAGUUCCGUCAUAACGAUCCGAUUGGUAAUCCGACGGUUGGGUAUGGUCAUCUAUGUGAUGCGCCCCAGUGCAGUGAAGUCAAGUAUCCAGUCCCACUUUCUGUCGCGAAUGGAAAGAAACUGCUAGCAGACGACAUGAAGGAGUUCGAGGUCUGUAUCACGGCCAUGUUGAACAGCAAAGCAAGGCUCAACAGAAACCAGUAUGGCGCACUCAUCAAUCCCAAUACUGUGAUCUCGCAGGAAAUUCCUCAUUGGGUAUAUGCAAGUGGCCAAAGGCUUCCAGGUCUGGUUCGUCGGCGCAAUGCCGAGAUUGAGCUGGCGCAGAAGCCAACCCGUCGCAGAGCACUUCCAAAGAGGUGUUAA